UGUUCUCCCCCAGACUGCUCUACAUUACUCUACAGUAUUAAGGUAUUCAAAUGUUCAAAUAGGACAAACAAAAGACAGCAAAUAUUCGCAAAGGUUUAUUCUUUUUGGUCUAUCCACGAAAGAAAAGCGGCCAUUAGAGGCUUCUCAUCUCUGAUCUGGCUAGACUGCGCUUUGGAUUCUAAGUAUUGGGGGCUUGCUGCUCAGAUUGUUUUGCUCUUUGAACUUUGAAGCAGUUGUUGCUGUUUGUUCUUUUCUAGGGCUUUGUUAAGUCUUUGGAGGCUGCUUAUAGGUUUCUUGGUCUUUUUCAGCUCCGCAAAGUUGGAUCAGUUUACCUCCAGCUAAGGACUAAAAAGCAGAAGUUUCUUGGAUCGGAUGGUGCUCAAGAAAUGGUUUGGAAGUCUUCUUUUACUCCUUUUUUGCAUGUUCAGCAAUGCAAUAGGCGCAUAUGUAGGAAUAAACAUUGGAACUGGUGUUUCCAACAUGCCAUCAGCUUUAGAUGUGGUUGCAAUCCUUAAAGCUAAUCAAAUUACUCAUGUGCGCCUCUAUGAUGCUGAUGCUCACAUGUUGAAAGCCCUUGCUAAUAGUGGGAUUGAAGUAAUGGUUGGUAUAAAAAAUGAGGAAGUCCUAGGGAUUGGGGAAUCUCCCGCUGCAGCUGCGGCAUGGGUUAACAAAAAUGUGGCUUCUUAUGUACCUUCUACCAAUAUUACAGCAAUUGCAGUUGGCAAUGAAGUUCUUACCACAAUCCCUAAUGCUGCUGCUGUUCUAGUUCCUGCAAUAAAUUACAUUCAUAAAGCUCUAGUUGCUUCAAAUUUAAAUUUUCUGGUCAAAGUUUCAACUCCCCAGUCCAUGGAUGUUAUCCCUAGGCCUUUCCCACCAUCAACUGCCACUUUUAAUUCUACUUGGAAUUCUACAAUUUACCAGCUCCUUCAGUUUUUGAAGAACACCAAUUCAUGUUACAUGUUAAAUGCCUAUCCUUAUCAUGGUUACACGACGGGGAAUGGAAUUUUCCCAAUUGAUUAUGCUCUUUUCCGACCACUUCCCUCUGUCAAGCAGAUUGUUGACCCCAACACUCUUUCUCACUAUAACAGCAUGUUUGAUGCUAUGGUGGAUGCUACCUAUUAUGCCAUAGAUGCUUUCAAUAUUUCUGGGAUUCCCAUUAUUGUUACAGAGACUGGCUGGCCUUGGCUUGGCGGAGCCAAUGAACCUGAUGCCACUGUUGAAAAUGCUGAGGCCUUCAAUAAUAAUUUGAUCCGGCGUGUUCUAAAUGAUUCAGGCCCACCUAGUCGGCCAAACAUACCCACUAAUACAUACAUCUAUGAGUUGUUCAAUGAAGACAAGAAGCCUGGGCCUGUAUCAAAGAAAAACUGGGGCUUAUUUUUCACCAAUGGCACUGCAGUUUAUGCUCUUAGUUUGAGUAAUUCCAAUCGACUUACUGGAAAUUCUUCUGUCACCUACUGUGUUGCUAAACAAAGUGCAGAUUCUGCAAAGUUGCAAGAAGGGUUGAACUGGGCUUGUGGGCAAGGUGGGGCUAACUGCUCUGCUAUCCAACAAGGGCAGCCUUGUUAUCUUCCUGAUACUUACCAAAACCAUGCAUCUUAUGCUUAUAAUGAUUAUUAUCAAAAACUGCAUAGUACUGGGGGAACGUGCGACUUUGAUGGUACUGCCACCACAACUACAGUGGACCCCAGUUAUGGAUCCUGCAUCUUUACAGGAAGUUCAAGUUCGAACACGAGUGGGGCUAUUUUUCCACCAGUGGCUCUAGGACCCACAACUACUCUGGGAGAGAGUUCAAGUUGGAACUUCCAAGCUUCUAUAUUUCAGUCUUUAUUAACUGCAGCACUUCUGGCUCUCAUCUUGCUAUGACAUGGAACAUCAAAUCAUUUUUGCUCCGAGUGAGGUGGUUCAGCAACUGCAGAAGAUGAGUAGCUGUAGCUGUAUUGAAGAUGGUUUGUUAAUUAAACUAUGUGCAUGCAUUAAAGAUAGGAAAAUUUUCAAAUAUUUUUGUCAUUUUUUCUAGUCCCUUUCCUUUCACCUCAUCUUUUUGUGUAGUGAGGUUUGGCCUUGGGGUUUCUGGUGUGUAAUUUUUGAGUAAGUAGACCAUUAUUUUUAGGACAAUGGAACUGUUUAGAUCUGUUGGUAGCAAAGACUGUCUUGCAUCCUCUGUUGAAAUUCUCUUCUGCUGGGAUAAUAAAAUGCUCUGCAAAUUAAAUAUCA